AUGAAUGACAGUGAGAUCUAUCUAUUGAACUGGGAAGAUGAGGUACACGCAUUGAACAACGAUCUUGACAGAAGCUUUUAUAACGCGAACUAUCCGUCGUUUAAUCAUACCUAUGAGAAUCUCUGGGAACUCGCCACGGAACGAAUCGGUCUCGCGAUCGUAUUAUUGCUCUUCUCCGUAGGUACCGUUUUCGGCAACUCAUUAGUGAUUCUCGCGGUAUUCCGAGAGAGGCACCUGCACACAGCUACAAACUACUUUGUGACUUCAUUGGCUUGUGCCGAUUGCCUGGUAGGACUGGUAGUGAUGCCAAUUAGCGCGGUAUACGAGGUACUGGAGAACCGUUGGCUAUUCACGACGGACUGGUGCGACGUUUGGCGGUCGCUUGACGUUCUCUUCUCCACCGCGUCCAUUCUAAACCUGUGCGUUAUCAGUCUGGAUCGCUACUGGGCGAUUACCGAUCCCUUCACGUAUCCUACUCGAAUGAGUAGGAAACGCGCGGCGAUCCUAAUUGCUAUCGUAUGGAUUUGUUCGAGCGCGAUCUCUUUUCCUGCGAUAGCGUGGUGGCGUGCCGUUCGUACCGAGCAAGUGCCCGAAGACAAGUGUCCCUUCACGGAGAAUCUCGGUUACCUGAUAUUCUCGUCGACAAUCAGUUUUUACCUGCCGCUAUUCGUGAUGGUAUUCACGUAUUACAGAAUCUAUCGCGCCGCCGUGAUACAGACGAGGAGUCUAAAACUCGGUACGAAACAGGUGAUGAUGGCCUCGGGCGAGCUCGAACUCACGCUAAGGAUACAUCGGGGCGGUACAACUACCAACACCGACGCUAGGCAUCUUUUUCGCACCGCUUCGAGCACACCCGAAGAUCUCCAAGAUCUCGAGGAACCAUUAACGGCUCUUCACAACAAUGGUCUCACUAGAGUGCCCUCCGCGAGAAUCAGCAAUAAACAACACCUAGGCAAAAAUUUCUCUCUCUCGCGUAAACUCGCCAAGUUCGCCAAGGAGAAGAAAGCGGCGAAGACCCUCGGUAUCGUGAUGGGUGUAUUUAUUAUUUGCUGGCUACCGUUCUUCGUUGUGAACCUAUGGUCGGGAUUCUGCACGAGAUGCAUAUGGCAAGAAGAAAUCGUAUCUGCGGCCGUCACUUGGCUCGGCUGGAUUAACAGCGGAAUGAAUCCCGUGAUAUACGCUUGUUGGAGCAGAGAUUUUCGUAGGUGA